AUGGAUUCGAUUUCAAUAGCUGAUGGAAUUCCACAAAAUCCAAAUGAAGAAAGAUUUAAAAAAUUAGUUGAAAAGUUUAAAGUAGAUUACAAUGGAGUUCAACCACAGUUUCUUUGUCGUGCACCAGGUCGAGUUAAUCUUAUUGGUGAACAUAUUGAUUAUUGUGGUUAUUCCGUAUUACCAAUGGCUAUUGAUCA